AUGUAUUCUGAUGAAUUCUUACUAGCCCUUCCAGAGGAAGGUCCGAAGAUAUCAGGUGGACGUCCUCGCUAUCAAGUAGGCGAUACGGUUCGUGUGAAUUGCACAUCGGGCAAAUCCAAACCAGCGGCGCAGCUCAAUUGGAUGAUCAACGGGGAACCGGCAGAUCCAAAAUUUCUCAAAGGACCUGAAACAGUUGUACUUGGUCGGGAAGGUCUGGAAUCGUCCGUCUUGGGUCUGGAAUUCGUCGUGCGGCACAAGCACUUCAAAAGAGGCAACAUGAAGUUGAAAUGUCUGGCGACGAUCGCCACACUUUACCUCGUCAGCAACGAGGAGAGCGUUGAAGGAGAAAGGCCACAGAAGGCAUCGGUGUUGGAAAGUCGAGGGACCGCGGCGCCGUCAGGAUCAAGGGCAGAUAGGGUGCAAGGUAAGGGAAUAACAGAUUUAGGUAUUUAA